UCUUUGACCCAUCCGAUGAUUGUUUGGAAAACAAUAUGGAGUUUCAUUUAAAGGUUCAUCUAUUAGAACAAAUAAUAUAUUAGAACUGGGAUUGAAGCAAGACAAAUAUGUGAUUCAUUGCAAGUCCAAGCACCAUUGAUCUAAGUAAGAAUGCCACAUCAUUAUUGAAUGAAGCAUAUCAAUGUCAGAUAUUACUAGAUUUGUGAAGCAAUUGAGAGGAAGUUAUUCAGGAGCACAGGAUUAACUGACAAGAAUAUUGUACAUAUGAUAACGAAUGUGAUUCUUUGGCAUAAGCUUGAGCUGUGUUUAAAGCUUACCUAGAUGAAUUCUUGGUGAUGAUGAUCCUUAGACAGUUCUUUCCCCAUUGGAUUGGAAAAGGGGAUAAUUGAUGAGAUGGGCCACUUACUUUAGUCAAAGAAAUUGGUUGAUUUUUUGUCAAUAAAAUAAUUUGAAGAAAACAAAAAGUAGCUGUAGUCAAUUCUACUUAGCAAGGGUAGGCGCUAUUUGCGUCAACAACCUGCCUCCUCUCUUUAAAAGGACGAGAGAUUGAAUGCAAAAUAUAAGUGAUUAAGAUAUAAAUCAAUCAGAGGGAGAGUUGCAAAUAGUUUUAUGUAGAUUGAAAAAGAGAGAAUUCUUGUAACAAUCAAUAAAGUUGCAGAGAUAUUGAGGGAGUUUAUACCUGAAGUUUUAUCCAAAACUUGAGCGAAUUACCCAUUAUUAGUGGAAGUUAAUGAUGUCUGCGCCAUGUUCUCUUUCGAAGAAGGGUGUUUUACACGAGAUCAAUUCAGUGUUUCAAUUAAGCCAUUUAUUUUGAGAUCACAGUUGUAUAGCAGUGUAAAGGACAGAACACAAGUGGACAGGGAUUUAGAGUCGCUGAAAAGGGAUAAAGUAUUGCGUAUUUUUAAGUUGAGUUCUGGACAAGAUGAUCAUGCAAUAAUGUUUGUAGAUGACUAUCUGAAUCAGAUAGAACGUGUCAUGAAAAGAUCAGAAGAUAGGAAGCUUGGGAACCUUGAAGUUAUUGAGUGGUUUAAAACACAUGUUAUCGAUUUCAAGUUGGAACCUAGCAUUGAACAUCAAGAGCUUCGUACGCUCUUAUCACUUGGAGGAAAGGUGAAGGAUGAGCAUAUCUCUGUUUUAAUUCAUGCGGGUCUUCUUACUCGGCAACUUAUUGAUCCAAACAUGUACUGGUUCGCAAUUCCGAAUAUUGGUUCAGUGCUCAAGGGCCUCUCCCAGGGGAGAAAAGAAGUUCUUUCUCUUCUUAACCGAAGGAGAUACAAAGAAAUGAUGAUGGUUUCUUUGGAGAAGAAGCGUCUUCGAUUAUCCCCGCUUGAUAUGAGGUUUCAUCUUCGUGAUCUGAUUGGUUCAGGUCACCUCAAAACUGUCCAGACACCAGCUGGCUUAGUUGUUCAAGUGUCAAAAGACUGAAAAGCUCUAGACAGAUUGAUUGAAUCAUAAAUGUUUUUUUUAUGUGGGCUGGCUAAGGAAGUGAAAAUAGAGGUAUCAGCUGCUGUGUAGUUUUUACAGUAUAUUUAGAACAAAACAUAAAAAAGAGAAAAUCAAUGAAGUUGAGGCAACUAAAAUUAGUGAAUUCAGUUAUUGACGAUUUUUUCCACUAGAAAUGUGGCUGAAAGAGUUUGUAAAUUUCAACACUUCUAAAUUUAUGAUUCAGAUUAUUGAGCAAGUCUCAUUCAGAUUGAAAA